AUGAAACAUUUUAAGGGUGGUGGAGGAGAAAAUGAGUAUUUGGAAAGUUCUAAUGGAGGUGAUUUAUAUUCAGAGGGUUUUGAGGAGACUCAAAUUGAUGGGUCAUCAUUAAAAUCUGGUAUUGUUAAAACAACCAAGCAACGAUAUGAUAAUGCAUCUUUGUUGUUGGAGGAUUUAUUGUCUGAUUAUGAUAUUAGAUUAAGACCUAAUUUUGGUGGUCCAGCUAUUGAGUUACAUCUUGAUAUUAUGUUAGCAUCUUUUGAUAGUAUUAGUGAAGUUAAUAUGGAUUAUACAAUAACUAUAGAUCUUCAUCAAUAUUGGCAAGAUGAUCGUCUUUCCUGGUCUGAAGAAUUAAAUAUUGAGGAGAUUAGUUUAUCAGGAGAAUUUUCAAGUCGUAUCUGGUGUCCAGAUUUAUUUUUAGCAAAUGAUAAACAUAGUUUUCUUCAUACAGUAACAGAAAAUAAUAAAAUGUUAAGAGUAUCUAGAUUUGGUAAUGUUACAUAUGGAAUGAGAUUUACAAGUACAUUAUCUUGUAAUAUGGAUCUUAAAAGAUAUCCAUUAGAUUAUCAAUAUUGUAGUGUUGAAAUAGAAAGUUAUGGUUAUACUACCUCAGAAGUUGUUAUGAAAUGGAGAGAUAAAAAUCCUGUUUAUAGUGUAUCAGAUGUAGAGGUACCCCAAUUUGUUAUUUUAAAUAUAACAACUAAAAAUAGACAGGUGACAACUGCAACAGGAUCUUAUCAAAGAUUAUCACUUGUUUUCUUUCUCAAAAGAUCAAUAGGCUACUUUAUCUUUCAAACUUAUCUUCCAUGUAUUCUUAUUGUUAUGUUAUCAUGGGUUAGUUUUUGGAUUAAUCAUGAAGCUACCUCAGCAAGAGUUGCUUUGGGUAUCACUACAGUUUUAAAUAUGACAACAAUAAGUACAGGUGUUAGGCAAAGUUUACCUAGAAUAAGUUAUAUAAAAUCAAUUGAUGUAUAUUUAGUUACAUGUUUUGUUUUUGUAUUUGCAGCUCUUCUCGAGUAUGCUAUGGUAAAUUAUAGUUAUUGGGGAAGAAAAGUAAAAGAAGGUUGUGAUAUGACAACAAAUAGUGAAUGGCCAACAUUAUUUCCACAAAAUAAUGAUGAUAAAGAAGGUCGCGUAAAUAUUAAUAAUUUAGGUAUAUCAAAAGAGAUGUCAGAAGAAAUUCAAUUACAAGAUAGAAGAUCAUCAACCAUAGAUAAAAAAAGGCCUUCUAUACCAAAAUCUAUUAGCCAAACAGGAAGUGAUAAAAAAGAUAGUAGACCAAUGUCACCAAUACCACCAUUGAUGGGAGAUAACUCACCUAUUCGAGAUAUUGAUGAUAGUCCAAAUUACCCCAGAUAUAUGACACAAAUUACAGGAAAUCAAAAGCAACGAGCGCGUUCCAUAAAUCUUAGACGAAGGUUAAUAAAUGUUAAAAAUAAAAGUGAAAACAUAAAAAAUGGUUUUAGUCGUAUGGGUGCAAGAGCGGCUUCUGUUAUUCCUAAAAUACGUGUCAAAGAUGUCAAUGUUAUUGAUAAACAUUCCAGAGUUAUAUUUCCUAUGACUUUUAUUAUUUUCAAUAUUUUCUAUUGGGGAUACUAUUCAGUAGUAAUAUAA